UUAAAAUUCAACGAUCGAUCGCUCAUCAAACAAAAUCAUUUACUAGUAUGUGAUACUCUAAUGAGGAAAUACAUUAGAAUUACAAAUGUUUACAAACUGUCUUGAUAAAUAUCAAUACGUAUACACAGCGUACGUACAGUGGAGCGUGCCGGUCGGCCUGUUCUUUAUAAGCAAUAAUGAGCUUUUUGAAAAGCUCCAGUAGACCAGGAUCGUUGAAAGCUACUGAAAGGAGGCCAUCUUCAUACGCUCCUAACGAAAACUUACAAAAUGAAGUAGUAAAACUACAUUCUCAAGUCGAGAUAGAGAAGAAAGCGAAAAAAGAAGCAGAAGAAAAAUAUAAACAACUAGUGAGUAAACUUGAUGUGGUACAACAUAGACUGAUAGACAGAAACAAAGAAGUGGAAGAAGAAAGAGAAGCAAAGGAGGAAGUCAUGAAGAGCAAUAAAACAUUGCAAUUGACCAUAAACAAAAUGGAACAGUAUUUACGGAAAAAGAGUACAGGUAGUCGGUUUGAAUCAACUAAUGUAGUCGAUGUAGUAGAUGUUGAUAUGGGUGGGAAAGUAGAUAUAGAAAAUAUAAUUAAGACAGAAAAUGAACUUGAAGAAAAAUCUCGACAAUUACAGAGAGAAAAACAGGCAAAUGAGAUUCUGGAAAAAAGAUGUAAACUGUUAGAAAAACUACUAAAGGAAAACGACAUUCAUAUAGAAAGUAGUGAACUAGACAAUUUAAACAAACAAUUUUCUAAUACAGAAUUGGACUUUUAAAAUUAUUUUUGUUCAUAGAUUAAAUUGUUUAAAUACUCAUGUUACAACAUCACUCAUCACAGAUGUCAUAUUGAACUUUAUACCAAUAUAGAUUAGUAAAACAUGUAUAUGUGACAAGUGCAAAAAGGAUGUAAAUGAUGAUGUCAUCAUACAGGUCUUGUGAUCCAUUUAUUUCAUUUACAACAGAAAAACAUUCAUGUAAACAUUAAUUUGCGAUUAUGCAGGUAAUGGAAAAAUUUGUCAAGCAUACAUUGUCAUAUCGGGGCCUAUUAUAGCUGUCUAUGCGUUAUGGGCUUUGCUCAUUGUUGAAGGCCGUACCGUACGGUGACCUUUAGUUCUUAAUGUCUGUGUCAUUUUGGUCUCUUGUGGACAGUUGUCUCAAUGGCAAUCAUACCACAUCUUCUUUUUUAUAUGUAGCAAAAUGAAAAAUAUUUUGACGCUUUUAUGCAAGAAUGAAAUUUUUCUUCUGAAAGAGGGAAAAAGGGUGUACACCCUCUAUUACACUUGAAUAUGUCACCAAUUUGCUCAGGUAGAAUGCAUACAAACAAAAAGUUAUAAAACUUAAAUCAUAAUUGAUUACCAAGUGCUGGAAAAUUGAUUAUGACAUGAAUGGUUUAUUCAGUAAAAUACUGUCUUUGCU